AUGGAGAUGAAGCUAAAUUUAUUGCUAUAUUUAGAGAAAAGGCGCAUUUUAUAUGACAUGAAGACUGCUUGUGAAUAUUUCGUUGACCAAUUAAAUGAGAAAUCAGUGAGUAAAUUCCCACCUCUAAGAUAUUUACUGGAAGUUGAUGUUAUGAAUUUGAUUGAGACAUUUCCAGAGCUAGGGGAUUAUUUUGUAAAAGAACCGCUCAAUUGGCAGCGACACUGCAAUGAAAUUCUGUACGCAUGUCUAAAAUCAUUAGACAAUGAUAUGAUACAAUAUGUGCAAUCGACCCAAGUCAAUGUUAAUAUUAGACUUACGAGUUUUCCGAGUGUUUUUUGUAAUCCUAAUCGAAAAAAUUACAAAGGCGUGACACUUUUGCAAGGAUUACUUGUUGAGAUAACGAAACCUACAAAUUACGUCUAUCAUUCGGUUUGGUCAUGUCCUGAUGAAUGUGAUGGAAAUGAAGUUAUCUUACAAUAUAUACCAAAAAUUCCUCCUAAGUGCUGCUUAUGUAAAAGGGUCCUUUUUGAGAACAGCGGUCUAAGACGAUGUGGCGAUCAAGUGCGAGCCACUUUCAAAUUUAAAUAUGACUUACUAUCAAAAACAUUUACCAUCGUUGAUGACCUCAUUAAAAAAUUAAAGCUCGGAGGUAAAUACUUUAUGCAUGCAAUCAUUUUAAAAAAAUAUAUAGCCAUUUGGUCCAUAGAAGAAGUUCUUCCACUUCCAGCUCCAAUAACUUCACCUAUUUCACCCGACAUAAAAAGCUUGUAUGACUCUUGCUACGGUGUACCGUGGAAAUUUAUAUACUGCCUCGCAUCAAGCUUCGGAGUACACACCUGCCCAUUAAAUUGCUUUAUGAAUGUGAAAAUAAAUAUUUUGUUAAGUCUAACGAGCAUUAAGGCUCAUUUUGAAUCAAAUUCGCCAAUUCUACACAUUCUAGUUGGUGGGCUAGACACUGGUUACGCGGGGCGGCUCAUGACACAAGCUGCUACUUUAGCAGAUUCGUAUACACUUUUGGGGAUGUCCCAGAACGCGGUAACAUCAGCUUUAAUAGCAUCAUCAGGUGGAGUGUGUCUCCUUCCCUCACCUUUACAGAAUUAUAGCCGAAAACAAAUUCAUUCAAUUUUAUCUAUAAUAGAAAGUGGUGAAAUUUCGCAAGGUCCCCAUAUAGCUAAAUUACGUUGUGCUAUUUGGGCUCAGGGCAUGGAUUUCAAAAAAAUGAUAAUAAGUAACAUUGGUAGUGUAUUUGGAAAUAUUUGUCGAGGAGACUACGGUGAAUGGGUUAAUGAAGUAGCUGAUAAUAAUUUGGAAAAUGCUGUAAACCCACCAGGUACCAUUAAAGAAGAAAUUCAAUCUCUUAGAGAUGUGUCAAUUUAUAUAAAUGUAAUUGCUGGUAUUCGUGUUAGUUUGACAGAGGAGACAGAAAUGCUGUUGCACAACUAUUUUCUCGCGGCGCGCAAGAGCCCUAUGGCUGUGACGAUCGGGAGUUUAGGAGCUUUAGUGACAUCCUGUGCGACGUGCGCCAGGUUGUGUCGCAGGAGCGUCGCGAGCGUACAAGAUGCCAUAUUUGCCAUUUGGUUACAUAUCAGUGGUAUGCCGGAACAACGAAUCGCCCCUGAAGAGUGUCUCGAAACACCUGCAGAUAUUAAGAAAUUUGAUAAAGUUAUGAAAAAAUUUAUUACUUGGCUUGAACAAUUCAUUGGUUGCUCCAUCUUA